GGAGAUGGCCGGUGGUUCCUUUCAGCCUUGGGCCAAGGGUGGGUAAAUUGCUUCCAGUCCCACACUCUUGUAGACUGCCCCACACUCCUGUUCGUGUGAGUUGCCCAUGCUCAGGGCAAUCUGGUCUUGUGGAUCUUUUCUGCCUUGAAGUUCUCCUAUCUCUGUGCUGACAGAAGGAGUAGCUUUUGCCUUUAUCCCGCCUCUGCUUUCCUGAGGCUGCUGCAAGCCAAGGCCCGUGCUGGCUCUUUCCCUUUCCAGUGAGAGGCACAAGCCAUGCCUUGCUUGGUCUGGCUGUAACAUGGAGUUUCCAAGGCCAUGCUUUUGCAAGGGUCUCAAGCCCUUCAGGUUGGUGAGACGCUGCCCAGCUGAGUGUGACCUGGGAGUCCUGCAGGAACGGGGCAGAAUCCCCACAGGAAUCCCUGAAGAGCUUGCUGGUCCCUGAACUCUCCCUGAUCAGCAACCUCGCUGUUUUUUAAAAAAACCCGCUCCCUGCAGCUGCCUGGGGAGCUCAGUAUUGCAGAAUGGAGAACUAUAAGAAGACAAAAAUUGUGGAGAGACCUUGUCCUCUUCCUUUCACUGACCUGCCCGCUGAUAUUAUUGAAAUGAAGGUGAAGGACGGGAGCAAAAUUAGGAAUCUGAUGGGCUAUGCCAUGAGCAAGAUGGAGCAGGACUCGGUGAGGCAGAUUCUAUUCACUGGCUCAGGCAAGGCCGUCAGCAAGACCAUCACCUGCGUGGAAAUCAUGAAACGAAGGCUGAAGGAGCUGCACCAGAUCACCAAAGUGCUCUUCAGACAGAUCGAAGAAAUCUGGGAGCCCAUUGUGCCUGAGGCAGGCCUCGAUGCCUUGACAGUGAAGAGGAACAUUCCUGCCAUUUGCGUCCUGCUGAGCAAAGAUGCCCUGGAUCCCCAGGAGCCGGGGUACCAGGCCCCAGGAUCUUUCGAUGCCUUCUGGACUGAGACACUGAAAGCAGAAUCGCAGGGCCAGAUGAAGAGGAAGCAGGGCGGAGGCCGGGGAGCUGCCAGCACGGGGAAGCACCCCCGCUCCACCGGGGGAGUGCCCUGAGGCGGCGGCUCCGCGUGGUUCAGGGGAGCUGCAGAAACCAGCCCGGGGCUGCGGCUGCACAGCUGUUGCUGAACACGGGGCUCACACAGGUCUGAGGGGAGGGCAGGAGGGGCGGACUGUUACAACUGGGCGUGAUCCUGGCUGUCUGAAAAUGGGUUUUGACAAGUUCCCGUGCC